CUGCCCCGCGUUCUGUGAGGCAUGCUGGGAGCUGUAGUUCCCUCCAACCCCCAGCGGGAGAGUCGGACUCCCUUGUGGGCCCCCCGUUCUUGUCCUCUGAUUCGCGGCGGGGGGCGAGGAGGGGCUCCUCGCGGCAGCGGCGGGGGAUGGGUCUAGGUUGCCUGCGCUGCGCGAGCAAAGCUGCUAUGAGGCGAUGGCGGCGCGGGGGGCUUUGGGCGCUGCCCCCAAGCAGCCAGAGGGGCCUGGGCGGGGGCCCCCUCGGGGUGACUGAGACUCCUCCGACCUUUGGGUUCCUGUUUGACAUUGAUGGAGUGCUUGUUCGGGGACGCUAUGUGAUUCCUGCUGCCCAGGAGGCCUUCCGGAAACUGGUAGACUCUAAUGGACAGCUCCGGGUGCCGGUAGUCUUUGUGACAAAUGCUGGGAAUUGCUUACAGGAUGUCAAAGCCCAGGAACUCUCCGAUGCUCUGGGGUUGAAGGUGUCUCCAGAGCAAGUGAUCCUCUCCCACAGCCCCCUGCAUCUCUUCCGUCAGUUCCAUGAGAAGUGUAUGCUGGUGUCUGGUCAGGGGCCAGUGGAGGAGAAUGCCAGGAAUGUGGGGUUCCGGAAUGUGGUUACCAUACAGGAUGUGAGGAAGGCAUUUCCCCUGCUGGACAUGGUUGAUCAAAGCCGUAGACCAAAGGAGCUGCCUCCUCUGACCACUGACUUCCCUACCAUAGAAGGCGUGAUUCUGUUUGGGGAGCCAGUCCAGUGGGAGACAAGCCUGCAGCUGAUUAUUGAUGUCCUCCUGAGCAACGGGAACCCUGGGGUGGAGCUGGCAGCAGUGCCAUAUCCCCAUAUACCUGUCCUUGCCUGUAACAUGGAUCUUUUGUGGAUGGCAGAAGCCAAGAUGCCAAGAUUUGGCCAUGGCACCUUUCUUGUCUGCUUGGAGAACAUCUACAAAAAAGUGACUGGCAGGGAGCUGAAGUAUGAGGCCCUGAUCGGCAAACCCAGCAUUGUCACUUACCAAUAUGCUGAGUAUCUGAUCGAACAGCAGGUGGAAAGACGAGGGUGGCCAUCUCCCAUCUGCAGGCUCUAUGCUGUUGGGGAUAAUCCAAUGUCUGACAUCUAUGGUGCGAACUUCUACAACCGCUACCUCAAGGCUUCGUGUCAGGCCCAGGCCGAGGUGAAGAGGAGUGUGGUGGUGGCAGAUCCCCGGAGUGAGGACCAUUCAGAGCUGAGGAAGGAUUGGUACGUCUCGUUGGAGAGUUGCAAGUCAAUUCUGGUCUGCACUGGGGUCUACAGUCCUCAUGGAGAUGUGCCUGCUGACCCACACGAGAGCGUGGUAGAGACUGUGUUCCACGGGCACCGGGACUUCCGCUUUGACACCAGCCUAGUGGAGGCAUCUUAUGUGGUGCAGGAUGUGAAUGAAGCUGUGGAGCUUGUCUUUGAGAAGGAGAAUUGGAGCCAGGAGUGAAAUGGGAGUGGCAAAAUCUACAGUCAUCAGGGUUGGAGGGGAGGAUUGGGAUCUUCUAGUCUAACUUGUCCUAAAGUGUGUGUGUGGGGGUGGGGGGUGGGGGGGAAUUCCCAGUGCAUUGUAGGGCCUGAUGGCAAAGGUCCCUUGUCUUAAUACCAGUUGGUCAGUCUAUUGUUACUAGAAGGGUAACGAUCUAAAUCUGGCCAGGUCCAUGUUUACACACUACUGUUGCUCCUGUGCAUUAAACUGUAAUGGGAACAGGA